GCUUUUGUGCGCCUUCUCAUGCAUUCUUGCUCAUCAGCAAAGGAAAACAGACCGAACCAAAAAUCGAUGAGGUUGCUGCUUUCCCAGGAUUUUUAUUGUAAUAGCUGAAAAAAUGGGGCAUGUUACUGUUGUAACACUUGAAGAAGGAAUGAGAAGAUUGGAGGUGGGCAUAUCGAAGGCCAAAUUGAUUUUGGAUGGAUACCCACCUAAGGCCUUGUUCACAUCUGAAGAAUACAUGAAGUACUAUGACUGUGUGUAUUCCAUGUGUACUCAGCAGCCGCCUAAUGACUAUUCAGCAGAGCUCCUUCAAAGAUUUAAGGGAGCUUUGGAAGAGAGUUUGCUGUUAAAGGUUCUGCCAUCGUUAUAUGAUAAAGAUGGUGCACCUUUGCUGGUUGAACUCCUGCGUAUGUGGACUAAUUACAAGGCAAUGACAAAGUGUCUUGGAGUAUUCUUUUUAUACCUUGAUCGUCAGUGUGCAUAUCGUAAAAAUGAUGCACCACUUCAAGAUCUCGCAACUUUCCAUUUUCAUGAUCUGAUCUGCAAGCAUAUCCACCAAAGAAUGUUUUCUGCUGCAGCUUCCCUUGUUGCACAAGACCGUAAUGGGCAAUCAAUUGAUACCGAUCUGCUGAAGAAUAUCUCAACAUUCUUUAUAGAAAUUCAGGAUCAGAAAAAAGCAUCUUCCUAUGACAAUUUUGAAACUCUAAUACUUGCAGAUACUGCAAACUUCUACUCCCGCCUGGCAUCACAGUGGUUACUCUGCUAUUCCUCUACAGAUUACGUUCUGAAGGUUGAGCAAUGUAUAAAUGAGGAGAAAGCAAGAGCUCAUCGUUUUCUCUGCCCACCGUCAGUUGAGAAGGUGUUGUGGACAGUGCACUCGCAAUUGAUAGAUCAAACUGCAAACAGAUUGAUCGAGAAGAGGAGAGCAGAGAACCAGGACUUGACAACAUACCAGGAGUUGCUCUCUAGAUGUGCUGAUAUGAGUAUUCACUAGUGAAGCACUGCAUCACUAGCAGCUGAAAUUUUGUCGAUUAGUGAUUCGGCAUUGUUGUUUGUCCACCGAAAAGGGUUACUCAAAUACACAAAACUGAUGAGCAUAGCCAUCAUUGGUGUUAGGAUUUACGAAUUUAUACAUCUUCUUGUUUCCUAUACAGAUACUAGAAUCUUGAAUACCUUUACUGCAACCUCCAUUUUGUUGUUGCGAAUGAAAACUAUUUCCUUCACAAUACUGUGAAAAACGUGUUUGUGUUGAUAUGAAUAGCUAAGAGGAUCAUACAAUGGUAUGCCAUUCACAUUUUUAGGCCGACA